AUGCAAGCACCAGAAAAACACAAAACGAUUGCGCAACAACGUCGAUUUCUCGAGAAUAUAGAAUUCGAACGCUUAUCAAUCGAACUACCAAUAGCACGUGCCAUAAGUGGGAUGCAUAUUGACAAAACGUCUAUCGUGCGACUCGCAGCUGCUUAUAUGCAUCUCAAUGAAUACUUUUCAACUCAUAAGGAAACUAGCGAGUACAAUGGUUAUUCGUCUUUCAGCGAGUUAUGGAAUGCUUCUAUGUUAGAUGUACGAUUUUUAAAUUUAAACCAUAUUUUAGAUGGAUUUCUGAUUUGCUUUUCGUCAACUGGCAAGAUAAUGUAUGUUAGUGAAACGAUCAGCAUCCAUCUUGGACUUUCACAGGCAUUUCAGCUUUUUUUUCAAAUAAAUAAGUCUUCCACUAUGACAAUUUGUUUGCCUGUGAAUACUAAAGAAAAUGUUGAACUGGCUGGCACUAACAUUUCAGAAUACAUUCAUAGCGAAGAUAUUGGAAAUUUUGAAUUGUCAAGUAAAUUGGCUCAUCAAUCUGGGGGACCUAUUUUCCAAAACCUACGAAUGAAGUCGACCCUUACUAAACGAGCAAGUAAAGAUGCAUACCGUUGUGCAGCCGGCUAUAAGGUAAUUAGUGUCGAAAUGAACGUCUUCCGCAAGAAUCACAGUCAUUGUUUCAUUUCAUUCUGUCAACCACUUCCUGCGUUUGUACCAUUAAGCAUUCGACUCGAUCAAUUUUCUUUUGCUAUUGCAACAGAUACGAAUUUAACUAUAAACUAUGUCGAUUCAAGAGGUGAAGAUAUUCUUCGAAGCAUUCAUUCGAAUCGCAUUAUGGCUUUGAAAGGAAGUAAUUUCUACCAGCUUGUACAUCAUAAUGAUGUUAAUAUUAUCCAGAAAAUGCACUCUGAAGUUUUACAGCUCGGCGCAUCAAAAAGCCAGUUCUAUCGACUAAUUAAGAGUGACUGCUCAUCCACAAUUUAUGCUGAGAAGCGUCAUCAACACCACUCGGGUUUAAUUCUUAAUGAUAAUGUCACCUCUAUCAAGGAACAAGAAUCGAAUCCAUUAUGCUUAUUUGACACUGGUCAGAGGAACAUAGCACUCCAGUGA